GGCGCAACUACUUCACAGACUCUUGGACGUUCACAAGGAAUAUGUUCUCUGUCCAUUCCUUCUAACCACCAACGCUAAAUAUUCAAUCAGUUAUCUCUUUAUUUCUUUCAUUCGCUCAAUUGUAUACUUAGUUAUAGUGUCAUGACAGAACCUUGGGCUUUCCAGGGCGGCACGCCGCUAUCUGAUACCCCUGAAUCUGAUCUAGCGUCUCUUUCACCUCGAACUGCGCUGCUAUCGCCUCCCUAUGAGAACGCAGAGCUAACCAGGCCACGCCGUGUUCACGACUCUCCCAAUGACAAAUUCCGUCGCGAGCGGGAGCGUGUUCACGCAACCGCGAGUGCUCGCGACCUCUUACGACUCCUGGUAAACGAGGAGUACGAGGCGAAGCAGACUCGCAAAGUGCUCUAUACUGCAUUGGACAGGUUGGACGCUGAAAGUCGCCGUGCUGAAGAAGCAGAAGUGCAACUCGCAGAGACUUUGGAACGGACGAGGUCUAUCAACGAGGCUCGCGUUACUGCCCAGCAGGAGGCAGCUCGGGCGCAGGAGGAACUGAGGCUCUACAAGCUGCAACUCGACAAUGCGCAGAGAGAAAUUCUUAGAGCCCAAGACGUUCUUGGAGUUAUUGAGGCCCAGAGGGAUGACGCAGAGGCUGCGGCCGCUGACGCGCGCUCAAAGGCUCGAAAAUUGAAUGAAGAACGGUUGAUUGAGCUCGCGAGGGAAGAGGGUCGUAGACUUGGGUAUGAAGAAGGCAUUCGCCGGGGUCGUAAUAUGGGUUACCGAGAAGGGCGCGUCAUUGGUAUUGAUGACGGUCGGUCUCAAAUGCGAGAGGCCGCUGCCGCUACCCUCGACAGGCUGCUCGACUCGCAGGAAGAAGCAGACGUAGCUUCUGUAGUUCUGCCUCAGCCUGCACCAGUCACACCCAUGCCAGAGAGCCGAACCGCGCCAGAAGUCCUCCGUGUCUCAUCACCUGUCUCAACUUCACUCAGUGGUCGUCGUGACUCUCGUUCUCGUCGUGAUUCCGAAUCUGAUUCUGCAAGUCGAAUGAGCGUCCCGCGCGUUUCCGACCCCAUAGUAAUGCCUGUCAUGGUUGAACACCCGCGGUCCAGGACAGACCCCUCCGUUACCAGUCAAUCCUCUCGUUCGCGUUCACAUCCCCAACCUUGGCCCAUGUCAGAUCGCUCUUCAGCUCGGUCACCCUCAACCAAACCGGUCUCAGUGCAAAACUCUGCUCCUGGUGUUCAACACUCAGAGUUCCAAAUCCCACCGGAUGGCUACGUACCAACCCUGGGCAAGGACCAUCGUAUCUCUCUUCCUCCCCCACAUGAAUUUACCCGCAAUAUCCCAUCGCCAUCACCGUUACAACCUGUCGCUGGUCCGUCCUCAGAUUCUGUCAGCACGUUCGACUACCCUCGACGUGCCUCUCCGGAGUCACAAGCGUCAACGAAGAUGUCUAUGUCUCAAUCCUCCACCAUAUCAGCGCUCGAUAUUAUCGGCCUGCCCAAUGUAACGAGUCGCGACAAACGUCGAGAGCGCAACGGUCUGAGUAUCAUCCAUGAAGAUGCAAGCGUAACAGCCGAUUAUGAAACCGUGACUGGAUCUGACGUGGGACACCAUCACCAUCGCAACGAAAGACGCAGCGAAAGAGACGCAGACAGUGAAGCUACCAGGCACUCACGGAGAGACCUAUCAAAGCAGAGGGUUGCUAAUGAACUGAGACGGUCUAACUCAUCCGAGGCCGAGGAGUGGCGUCGGUAUGGCGCAGACAAGACUCGCAUGCAAAGUUCUAAUAGUUCCCCCCGUUCUCGCCCCACGAACGUGACAACGCCCAACCCGCUCUCACCUUCAAAUUGGGAUGACGCUAACACUCGGCAUAACCGACAUUCAAGGGCAGUAUCCACUCCUAGUCAACGGGAGUCGGUUAGAUAUGAACACCGAAGAGACGUGUCAUCAGACAGCUCUGUCCCAGAAAUAACCAUCCAACCCCCAUCCCGCCCUCCCUCUGACGCUCCGUCAAGACGUGCGUCCGUAUCUGGACUACUCAGUCCCGAUCACGCCAAUCACCCGCUCCCUGUGCCUGUGCCUGUUUCGCAACGCACCUCACUUGUUCCUACAGUCCCUAACACUCCCGUUUCAGCGCCUACGUCGUUGGUAGGGUCCAUGUAUGACAUAGGACAGCUGCCAACUGGUCUCGCCGGGAACAGUGGCGCACCGCCCCCAGGGGGCCCUGUCAUUCCGCAUAUGAGUGGGAGGGAAGCGCCCUCGCAACGUAAUCCGCUUUACGCACCCGCCCAGCCGGAAGGCAGGCAGUCACAGACCCCUCAGUCUUACGUGCCCUCCCCAGUCCCUUCUGGUUUCUCCUACCCCGCACCGCCUAUUUCCAGGGAACCGACACCGAAUGGCUCGGUCCAGCACGGAGACCGUUCGUCUAUGCAUGAACGCCGGCAGAGUCUAAGCCAGAUGGCAGGAAUGACGCCUGGCGCCCGCCCGCGAUCUCUACAGCCAGGUGGCGGCGAGAUUUCGCAUUCGUCCCACAAACAACGAUCAAAUGCGUCAAGUAGUUCGCGCCAAUCGUUUGCGCACUAUGACCCAGGCGUGUACAAUGACCCUGCGUAUUUGUCGAGUAACGAGUCAGUACUAAUCGAUCCUCGGACGGGUGUGAAUACGGCUGCGAAUGCGGGUGGGUCGAGAAGGACCUCGUAGAUGCUCAUCACGUUCCCUCCGCUUGUGUAUGUGGGUACUCAAACGACUGCAUGAUUUUAUGUCGCUCAGACUGUUUUUCUUGUUUAUUCUCAUCGAGCAUGAUAUCUGUUGUAGCACUCAAUUACUAACGUCGAGUAAUCAACUGACUAGAAGGUCUGUAUACCCACUGCCAUUAUUUUCACCAUUGCAUUUCAAUAUGAAUCAUUUAUAUCAUCAU